AUGGCUAUUUUGACCAAGUUCAUGCACAACAUGAGUGUCUUGGUUGAAGCGGCGACGGUGGUGUGCCUACGCGAGGGGGCAUCGACGGGCACAUGGGAAGUCUUGCUAGGUCAGAGCGAAGUGAAGAACUGGCUGCGUUCGACGCCCGAGGCAACAGUCCUUAUGCGGUAUCCUGGGGAAUGGAAGUUUCCGGGUGGAAGUCGCGACAGUGGAGACGUGACCCUCCAGCACACGGCGAUGCGGGAGCUGCGCGAAGAGUUUCUCGGCCUCGACCCGCCGCCUCUGUCAAAGCUGCACUGGGUGAGCACGCGAACCACGUUGCCCAUCCAAGGGAAGCGGUUCCAGAUGCACAACUUUGUCGCGUUGGCGAUGGAAAACGCGUGGCUCAUGGACGACGGACUCGACGUGCGCGUGAAUCGUCGGCUCGAGGACAAGCGGCGGUCGUUUGCGGCGGCGUUGGAGGACCGCAGCUUUUGGGACAUGGCUGUGGCUGCCAAGGAAGCGCUGUCGCCUGAAGUACGUGCAGUCCAGUGGUUUCCCAUCGACAGUGCUAUCGAUUUGAUGACGCCUGGACUCAUGCAGCAUGUGAAUGCGUUUCAAGCGUCGGAAUUCGCCAGUUAUGGCAUUACCAGUCGAGAUCCCAUGUACCAAAGCAUGAAAACGUUGGCGCAUCUGUCGACCUUGUCUUGGCAGGACAUUGUUCAACUCGAUACUAAACACCAACCAACGUCCAAAGUGUGA